GGCUGUCAGUCAGUUAAACUACCGGGAGCCUCUCUCCCUUGGUUAAUCUUACAUAUAUUUAUUUAUACGAUUAUUUCAUUACUGUUAUAGAGAAUGGACAGAGGAAAGGGUUUAUGCGUCUGGGAUAAAACUUUAGUCUUAAUGUGCUGAGAAUCCUGCGCUGAGUUUAUCCGCCUUUAAUAUAGCGGUUUGUUAUUCAGGAUGCUUCAGCUGGAGAGAGCAGCUUCACAGCUCAGCACGGAUUAAAACCGAUUUUCUGCGACAAAACAAACUAUUUAUUUAAUCUCAAACGCUAUCUUCAUCCCUGGAAGACUCCUUACCCGUUAGAGAAGAAGUGACUGCAGAACGUUCUCAGGCGAUGUCCACUAUGGUGUACCCAAGGGAGGAGGUCAUGGAGCGGCUGAGUCAGGAUGAGAUCGUGAUGAACACAAAGGCGGUGAUGCAAGGGCUGGAGACGCUACGAGGCGAGCACGCUCAGCUCCUCAACUCGCUGCUGGACUGCACUCCGCCUCCGGCCGCGCAGGAGAAAUCUGGACUGCUCCGCAAGAGCCUGGAGGCCAUCGAGCUGGGCCUGGGGGAGGCGCAGGUCAUCAUCGCACUGUCUGGUCACCUGAGCGCCGUGGAGUCGGAGAAGCAGAAGCUGCGCGCUCAGGUGCGCCGCCUGUGCCAGGAGAACCAGUGGCUGCGGGACGAGUUGGCCAGCACCCAGCACAAGCUGCAGAAGAGCGAGCAGAAUGUGGCUCAGCUCGAGGAGGAAAAGAAGCACCUCGAGUUCAUGAACCAGAUACGCAAGUUCGACGAUGACGCCACACCCUCAGAGGAGAAAUCCGGAGAGAAAGAAAAGGACAACCUGGACGAUCUGUUUCCCAACGACGAUGAGCAUGGACAAGCCCAGCGCAGCGGCGAGGUGGCAGCACAGCAAGGAGGAUACGAGAUCCCGGCUCGGCUCAGGACGUUGCACAACCUGGUGAUUCAGUACGCCUCUCAGGGCAGGUACGAGGUGGCAGUGCCUCUCUGCAAACAAGCCCUGGAAGACCUGGAGAAGACCUCGGGCCACGACCACCCCGACGUUGCUACCAUGCUCAACAUCCUCGCUCUUGUCUACAGGGACCAGAAUAAGUACAAAGAAGCGGCUCACCUGCUAAACGACGCGCUAGCAAUCCGUGAGAAGACCCUGGGGAAGGAUCACCCCGCCGUAGCGGCCACACUCAACAACCUGGCUGUUCUGUAUGGCAAGAGGGGCAAGUACAAGGAAGCUGAACCAUUGUGCAAGAGGGCGCUGGAGAUCAGGGAGAAGGUUUUGGGUAAGUACCACCCCGAUGUGGCGAAGCAGCUGAAUAACCUGGCGCUGCUGUGCCAGAACCAGGGGAAGUACGAGGAAGUGGUGUACUACUACAGCCGUGCGCUGGAGAUCUAUGAGAGCAAGCUGGGGGCCGACGACCCCAAUGUGGCCAAGACCAAAAAUAAUCUGGCCACGUGCUACCUAAAACAGGGCAAGUUUAAGGACGCUGAGGCACUGUACAAAGAGAUCCUGACCCGUGCCCACGAGAAGCAGUUCGGCUCUGUGAACAAUGACAACAAGCCCAUAUGGAUGCAUGCUGAAGAGAGAGAAGAGAGUAAGGGCAAGAAGAAAGACUCUAGUCCCUACGGCGAGUAUGGCAGCUGGUACAAGGCCUGCAAAGUGGACAGUCCUACAGUCACUAACACACUAAGGAGCCUGGGGGCGCUGUACCGGCGCCAGGGCAAGCUAGAGGCCGCUGAGACUCUGGAAGAGUGUGCCACAAAGAACCGCAAACAGGGCAUAGAUGCGAUUAACCAGAGUAAGGUGGUGGAGUUGCUGAAGGAUGGCGGCCCUGGUGGAGACAAACGGCACCACAGAGAGGGACAGAAUGGUUCUGGAGGUCCUCGUGACUCUGAGGGAGAUGAGGCAGAGUGGAGCGGGGAUGGGAGCGGCUCUCUGCGGCGCAGCGGCUCAUUAGGGAAGAUCCGAGAGGCUCUGAGACGCAGCAGUGAGAUGCUGGUGAAGAAGCUGCAAGGUAGCGGCCCACAGGAACCACGGAACCCAGGGAUGAAGAGAGCGAGCUCUUUGAACUUCCUUAACAAGAGUGUAGAGGAGACCUCACAGGAAGUGAACAAUGGCCUGUCAGAAUGUAGAGGACUGAGCACCAGCAACGUGGACCUUUCAAGAAGAAGCUCCCUGAUUGGUUAGAAAGUGUGGUCGGGGUAUUAAAGAAGGCGGAGCAAAGCAGACAGGCUGUUUGCCUUGAGCAACCAGAACAUCAUAUGGCAUAACAUUUAUUUGUAUUUUCCAACAUAGCGGUGUCUGCUUUGCUUUGUUCAAGCUGCACUGAUCAAAUUAUUAACACACUGCAGGUAGAUAAAGUUACAGUAUAAUGCCGGAAUUGCCCUGCUCUCUGUUCUUUUGGUUCCACAGCCUGAAAAAUCCAGCUACACGGUUAACGCAAAACAGCAUGCUGCUUACUCUACACUGGAUAUGUGUCUGCGGUCGAGGCACUCAGUCAUAUCUCAGAGACAUGGCAUGGUUUAAAAAUGUUACACACCUGCAAGCAUUACAUUUAAUUCAUCAGAAUGUUACGUACUUGACUAGAGGCUGCAUACGUGACUCCACACACACACAC